AGAGAGAGAGAGCGAGCGAGCGAGCGAGCGAGCGAGAGCGCGAGAGCGCGAGAGAGAGAUCAGGGUGUGAGCACGUAGGGUGAGCGAGAGUGCAUGUGCCUGGCUGGCAUUUUCUCCGCGUCUCAAUUGCUUGGUAGGCUGGGAGUUUCUGUACCGGGCUCAAUAGGUGGGUGUGAGCUGGUAAAUAAGUGAACGAGGGAGGCCGCCCUCGGCUUGGAGUCCGGCCGCUCUCCCUUUCUCCGGGUGCAAGUGCAGCUGGGCGGGCGGCGGGGGCUGUGUCCAGGCGGAAGUGACGGCCGCUUCACCUGCUGGGCGCUCAGGGGACAGAGGAGGGCGGCGCAAGGCGGAGGCUGUCCGUUGGGAGAGUCGCUCGUGAGGCGCUGGCAUCUCUCUGGCCGUCGUCGGCUGCUGCCCCCGCUAUGGAGUCGUUACUGGCGCCGCACUUGCUCUGGACUCUUCUGCUCUUGUGUUCAGAUCUAACUGAGAGUGUACAAAUAACUUCACUUGAACAAACCAUGCUAACAAAGGCUCAAGGAGAGAAAGUUACAUUAUUCUGCACAUAUACUCUUGGACCAGAAGAUGAUGGUUCACUUGACAUUGAAUGGAGUAUAUUGCAACCAAAUCUAGAACAGCCAGUAAUCAUGUACAAUUUAGACAGGGUUUAUGAUCAAUAUCAUAUGGCUGGACGAGUACAAUUUGUUAAACAAAAUCCAGGUUCUGGAGAUGCCACCAUUGAUAUUCUGAACUUAAAACCAACUGAUACUGGCACAUACCAGUGUAAAGUGAAGAAGCCUCCUGGUAUUCAAACCCACAGAAUCCAACUUACUGUACUUGAAAAGCCUUCAAGAACUAAAUGCUAUGUUGAAGGAUCACAGGAGAUUGGAAGGGAUUUUACUCUGAAAUGUAAAUCCCAGGAUGGCUCUCCAGUUAUAAACUACUACUGGACAAAAACCAGUGGUACAGAAGAACUUCCAGCCACAUCAUCACCAAAUACAGGUACAGGAGAUCUUUCCAUAAAAAAUGCUUCUCAGGUUUACUCUGGCACAUACAAAUGUGUUGCUACAAAUAGAGUUGGGACAGAUGAAUGUGUUCUUGUGCUGAAUGUCACACCUCCUGUGAAUAAAACUGGCACAAUUGUUGGAGCUGUCAUAGGGACUCUUCUAGCUGUCUUGUUAUUGGCCUUUUUCAUCUUUUGCUGCUGCAAAAAACAAAGAGAGAAAAAAUAUGAAAAAGAAGUACAUCAUGAUAUCAGAGAGGAUGUACCCCCUCCGAAGAGCCGUGCUUCAACUGCCCGCAGCUAUAUAGGAAGUAAUCGGUCAUCUCUUGGUUCAUUGUCUCCUUCCAAUAUGGAUGGGUAUGCCAAGACUCAGUACAACAAAGUACCAAGUGAAGACUAUGAACGUCCUUCUCAAAAUUCAACCUUUGACCCACCAAAGGUAGCUGCACCUAAUCUAAGUAGAAUGGGAGCUAUUCCUGUGAUGAUUCCAGCACAGAGCAAAGAUGGUUCUAUAGUAUAGUAUGUCAUUUAUUUAUGCUUUCUACAGUUCAGUACCAGCAUUGAUGGUUAUCUUGUUCCAGUUCUACACUUUUAAAUAUACACAGAAUUGACCCGGAGCAUCAAGAAGUGUGCUUGGUUCACCAGCUUUGUAUUAAAUUUUGACCACAUACACUAGACACCAGAUCUUUGAUGAAAGCAUUGUGAUCUGGAACUACACAUGAAACUCUGGCAAUAUUUAAAUUCCAUAUGGGUUGUUAAAGAAAUACUUAGAUAUGAAUUUUGGAAAUUACAAGAUACUGAACUGUAUGACAUUAUGUGUUUGUCCUUCCAUUUUUAGAGUGAAUGAAAUGUAUCUGACAUCUGUUACAGUGUGAAAUGUUUUGUGUAGAAGUUUAAAAACACUGAAUUUUUGUAUUAUAGAUGCUAGAUUAUUUUUCUGAACAAUUUUGAACUUUUACAGUGAAUUGUUAGGCAGAAUCAGCUCAUUUGAUUUUGAGCUUAAUUGCUUGACCAUAUUCCACUAGUACUUUUUCUCUUGAAAAAUAGCAUCAAAUUGCUAUGGCCAGGUAGGCAAUCCACAUGCUUGUACUGUGCUGUUUAUUCAAUGAGUGUAAACUUCUGUCUACCUGGAGGGCUAAUACUGUGUGUGUUCACUAAAUAAAGAAGAUAGGCAUGUUUAACUGCUUAUUUGACAAAGAAAGCAAGCCUAAAAUUCGGCUUUGGCUUUUUGUAAGCAUACUUUUCUUUUUCAAAUUGCUAUUUCAAGUGCCCUGAACAAAUAUGCCCACUUAGCAUUCAAGUGUAUACAGCAAAUUUGAAUUUGGGUUUUACUUAAUAAGAACACUAGGACAGCUCUGCCAUUCUGUGAUCCUAAGUUUGUGCAUAGGAUAUUUACUAUUAUGUCGUGGUGACCACCUUUUUGUCUAAACUGAGAAGGGGGCAGAUGAACUAAGGGCUUUACCCCUUGCUAUAUCUGUAAUUUUCAUAUCUUCAGAAAUUGUUUCCAACACUGGCAGAUAACGGUUAAAAACAAUCACUCCCAUUCGAGUCCCUAUGCAAUUAUAAUUACAAAAUAGGUAAGAAAAAUUUAUAAGUAGUUUAAUACAAAGUGGCUUACAAUUAUUUAGUAAGAACAUGUUAUUUCCCCCAUUUCCUGCAAUACUUUAAAAUUUUAAAAUUUCAAAAUAAUAGCCAAGCUGCCGUUAUACUAGUAUACAGUUUGUUCUCAUCAGUAAAGUACAGUGAUUGCAUUGUGCGUUCUUCUUAUAUGAAGACUUGUGUGUGUUUGUGUUUGUAACUAUAAAAAUUUGCUUGAAAAAUUAUGCUGUAUAUAUCUCUGUUUUUCUUACAGUAGCCAGAUUUGUUCACUUUCUAGAAUAGGUAUACAAUGUCACAUCAGUUCAGUUAUGCAUAGUAUAUAAGCUCUUAUUGCUAAAUUUAGCUACUGAACUGGAUCUUUAAAAUGUAAAUAGUUUUCAUAUAUUGUUUAGGUUAUCUGAUGCUGUUGGAUCUCAGAUCCUUUUUCCUCUGUGCCUUUUCAAUACAUUUUAUGCCUGAUUGUAAGUUAAGUUUCAACUAUAAAAGAUCCUGGUGCCUAUCUUUGCUUUUCAUAAUGGUGCUAGAAGAAUCUAUAAUUCUCAACACAACACUGUGACUUAAUUCUUUCUUACCUGAUGUUUAUUUUUUUUUUUCUGCCAAUGUUUUGGAUGUUAAGUGAGUGCAUAAUGUCCUGUAUUGUUGCCAUGUCUAUAAUAGUUUAAUUGAUCUUGAUACUGUGCUCUAUGAGACUUGUUCACCUCUGCCACUGCACCAGACAAAUGGUUACUUAGGACCUUAACCUGUGGUUGAGUCCUUUGGAAAAGAGGAGGUUGAUAUAGAAUAUAAUAAAUUUAAACAGGCAAUAUGAAAAGCACCCUCCUUGAAUAUUAACAUAGUAGCACUGUGGAUUCUUUUGUUUGCAUUUAAACAUACAUACUGGCAGUUAGAUUUAAUCUCAGCACUACCCAGAAUAAGGUAGUUCAAUUUUGGACUGUAGUAGUUCAAAAUGAAGGUGGGGUAUUACAUGUACCAGUGCUCCCAUUCCUGCAUCAAAAGAAACCAUAAUAGUAUUAAGCUAUAUGCUCCGGAGAAGCUAUUUAACACUUUUUCCAUGGUGUGCAGAUUUUCUGUGUACAGUUUAUAUGGGAAUAUCCCUGUAUUCUGAAGUGGUGCACUUACCUGCAACAAUGCUUAAAGGAUAGAAUCCCCUAACCUGGUACCUUUCAGAUAUUUUGGACUAUAAUUCUCAUCAGCCCCACUGGGAUGGCAAAGGUUCAGGAAUGCUGGGAGUCAUGAUCUAAAGCAUCUUGUGCCAUCAAGUUGGGGAAGACACUUAAAGAGUAAAAUUGGCUCAUCUUGAACAUCUUUGAACUGUGUUGCACAGUUGAUGAAUAUUAAGUGUAUCCAUCUGGUAUUCUAGUAUUCUACUCUUGUAGUUUAAAUGUCCAGAAUGCAUAAUUGUGUAGUAGUAUAGCAGUCAGAAGAAUUUCUGCAUAUUUAAUAACUUGUCACCUUAUAUAACAAUAAUAAGUGGCAGAAUUAAGGGUGGAAUCAUGUGCUUUCCAAACAAAGCUCUCAGGCUAUGGAAACUUGACAAUGUCUGUUUGUUUAUAACAUUGCAUAGAGAUCCUGGUAACCGGAACUGACACAGUAGUUCCGUAUAUUUUAGGUAAGAACUGACUUGCGACAGGCAGUGCUCCAAGCACUUAACUUCUAUACCCUACCAAAUGACUAAAACACUGGUCUGAAGGACACUACUAUUAUAAACUGGAUAAGAUCCCAAAAUGUCACUUUGGGUAAACUGAGAUUUUCUUCAGGCUGUACAUGUCCCACCUUCAGGUAUUGCUUUGAAUUCCUAAGAAACAGGAGAAGGCAGCUGUUAUACUUUGAAAAUGAGAAAGAUGUGGUAUUGGAUGGCACUCAGCACUGCCCAACACCUUUCUGCUGUCCCUGCAUGCCAGUGGUAGCAGGGUGGUACAUUGCUAUGGUUUCAGUUCAUAGCUGUGGUGUUGAUUUCUGGAGAAGUACAACUGUACAACCAGCCUUUGAAAUCUGGGGAGAGGGAUGGAGAAUGAUAAGUAUAUCUUUAAUGAUAAGGUGUUUACUAGAUUGACUUAGAGUUUUUAAAAUGUGCAUUGGCUGGAUUAAGUAAUUGACUUAAGAAUAAAAGUUAAUGGCAUGCACUUACAAGACAGGGAAAGAUAGCAGAAUUUAAGCAUCUGUUAUUGGAGACAGAUGAGGGUUAGAGCAACAAGCAAUAAAGUAACAUCAGGUUCUAUAUUAAUUUUAAUAUAAAUAUUUUAGUGCUAAAUAUAAAAUUAUGGUCUUUCUGACAUGUGCUUGCGGUAUUUAAACAAAAUAUAGACUCUAAGCAACCUUUAAGUGUAUAGAUAGUUAACAGGACUUUGAUUAGCACAUCCUCAUAAUUCUUUAUUGCAUUUCAUUGGCUUUUUAAAAAAAGUUAAGGAAUUCUUUUGUGAGAAGUGGAAAUUUCAUACAAAAUUUCAUAUUCCUUGCAGUAAUAAGAAAUGAAAUUUUAAACCCAUGUUCUUGAGUUUGGACCUCAUCAUUGUUGUGGAAGUAGUAUCUACACUGUAUUUCUUAUGAAGAUAUUUCUUCUUGGCGCACAGAAUGUUGUUGCCCCCAAAACUGAAAUAAUCCUCUAGAGUCAAAGGAAUAAAAGCCUCAUAAUCACUUGGAUCUUUUUAUUUUAAAAUGCGGCAAGUUGAGCAAUAAUACAGGACAUUUAUGAGACACCGUCACAAGGUUUGGAUUUGGUAAUGAAUGCAGUUUGUCUUUUUCAGAUAUUUUAGUGCAAGCACUGAAAUUUGUAGGACAUGUCCAAAUUAUUGUAGUUUCAUAAUUUGUGUACUACUUCAAAUAAAGUUAUUAGGAAAAACA